AUGAUAAAUCAAGCGUUCAACUACGAGAUAACUCUGGUGGAGGUCUCGUCCUGCUGCAAGACACCCAGCUUCUCGAGAGUCUGGCGCAUUUCGCACGCGAGAGAAUCCCGGAACGCGUGGUCCAUGCAAAGGCUGCUGGGUGGGUUCCAGCAUUCAUCUCGUGAAGACUUGACUUACGAAUGCAGUGCAUUUGGGACCUUCGAGGUCACCCAUGACUGCACCGACCUCACCUCUGCCAGCUUCCUGAACCAAGUCGGUAAGAAAACAGAAUGCGUCAUGCGCAUUUCUACUGUCGGAGGAGAAACUGGCUCGGCCGACACCGCGCGCGAUGUUCAUGGAUUCGCGAUGAAGCUCUACACCGACCAGGGCAACCAGGACUUUGUGUUCAACAACACGCCUGUCUUCUUUAUCAGGGAUCCGCAGAAAUUCCCAUCUUUGAAUCAUUCUCACAAGAGACAUCCUGCGACUAAUCUGCCUGAUGCGACCAUGGUAGGUGUCGCACAACCACUUUCUAAGAUCUCACUAACAUCUCUAGUUCUGGGAGAUGGCUCCUUCAAAUACGUCAAAUUCCACGUCAAGACCACCAUCGGCGUCAAGAACCUCACCCGAGAAGAGGCCACCAAGCUGGCGGGCGAAAACCCCGACCACCUGGUGCAAGACAUGUACGAGGCCAUUGAGCGCGGCGAUCACCCGGUGUGGAACGUGUUCGUCCAGGUCAUGGAUCCCAAACAGGCCGAGAACUACAAAUGGAACAUCUUCGACAUGACCAAGGUGUGGCCGCACACGGACUUUCCUCUGCGACAGAUCGGACGGCUCACGCUGAACCGCAAUCCCAAGAACUAUUUCGUGGACAUCGAGCAAGCAAGUUUCUCCCCGUCAACCAUGGUUCCAGGAAUAGCUCCCUCGGCGGAUCUCAUGCUGCAAGCGAGAAUGUUCUCCUACCCCGACGCCCAGCGCUACCGUCUCGGGGUCAACUACCAGCAGCUGCCGGUGAACUCCGCACGCGCGCCGGUGCACUGCCCGUUCGAGAGAAGCGGCGCCAUGAACUUCGGCUCCAACUACGGCGACGAGCCCAACUACGUCGGAUCGAGCCUGCAGCCCAAUACCUUUGCGAAGGCGAGCAACGGGGCGGGGCCGGUGUCCAGCACCAUCACCGAGCACGAGGAGUGGAUCGGCAAGGUGUGCAGCUAUGCCAGCGGCGUCGAGGACAAGGACUACGAGCAGGCGGCUGGUCUGUGGAAGGUGCUGGGCCGCGAGGAGGGCCAUCAGGAUCGGUUUGUGGGUAAUGUGGCCUCCAACGUCCGUCAGAUCAAACAUGCGCAAUUGCGGAAGAGGGUCUACGAAAUGUUCUCUUGCGUAGACCGUGAUCUUGGAAAGAGGAUCGAGAAGGAGACGGAGGCGACUCUGGCUUGA